AUGUCGGAAUUAGACAGCGAAUAUCCUAAAGCGGAAAGUGGUAGACCGUUUCUACCGGAAGAAAAUAAAGAAUUUGAUGAGCUCUUUAAUGAGCAGAAAUUCAGACCUAGAACGGCUAUUUUAACAGUCUGGUUUAAAUAUCCUACCAACAUGUUCUUCCAACCCAUACCGGCUAAAGAUAAAAUUACUUUUACGAACAAAGAAGGUAAUAAGGAAACUUUCACUAAAAUCAGCUUCAGAAAUGGUUUCUGUUCAGAAGUUUUAACAUCGGUUGAUAUUCAAGAAAUAGUUAAAGCCGGUGGACGAAUUAUUAGAAUAUUAGAUGGUAUAGUAUACGAAGAAAAUUUAGAGAUUAUAUUUUAA